AUGGUUGACAGUUUUCAAGCCUUUAGUAAGUUUUAUAAUAUAAUUAUUUUUUUAAAAUAAAAAUAUUUUCUUAAAUUUGGUAAUUUAUAUUUUUAGAAUUUCCUUUAGACUAUUUUAAAUGCAAAUAUAAACAAUUUCCUGAGCAAUUUAUGCUUGGAACAGGUUCUUCAGCUUAUCAAAUUGAAGGUGCUUGGAAAGAUGAAGGUAUGUUAACUUAACAUUUAUUAUUCAAUAUAAUUUACAUGUGUUUUCUAGUAGGUACUAUUAAUUAUAAUGAUAUAAUUUAAGUUUUUACUUAAUAAUAUUCAAGUUUUCUUUUAUUUAACUAAAAAUACAUUUAUGGUUUGUACAUCCUAGAAUAUGUACACAUUUAUGUUACGUACAAUCUCAAGAAAAUAACAUGUUUGAAGAUAAUGAUCUGCAGUAGGAUUAACUACAGCACUUGUCCAGUGUCAAACCUAGAUCCAGAGGCGUCUUCAGACUUUGACUAUCGGGGGGGGGGGGGCAAAAUAAUUAAAUUUAAUAUUAAUGGUUAAUAAGAAAAAAAGACUGAAGUACUUGGCACGAUGGGUGGACCACUGUUAUAGAUUAGAAGAUGGAAAGGUAGAAUAAUGAGGGAAAUUUAAUGUAUAUUUGUACUUAAGCAAAUUUAAGCAUUGCCAACAAAAAACGGUUCUGAGCGGAGCUCUGUUAAUAGUAUUACUCAGGGGCGUCUUCUGGUCAAUUCCAUGGGAGGUGGGUGCAAACAAUUUUUACCCUUGAAUACCACAGCUUUGGUCAACAAAAACUUAAAACCUUAUUUAUGGCUGAUGGCAUUUCAACUUAUAUUAGGUUAGAAGAAAAUAGUACAAUUUAAAAGUUAAAUUAAAUUGUUUCACAAUAAAUAAACAGUAAUUAAAAGAAUAAUAAUAAUAAUAAUAAAUAAAUAAAAGUUAGAUGACCAAGUUCAAAAUACUAAAUUCAAAAUAAGUAGCGGUUUGAUCAACAAUAUAUUAAUGUUUUCAUUUUGAUGACUAUUUAAAAGUGAUAGGCCAGUUAGCCUCUACUCAACAUUUUUUUUUACCACAAAGUACAACUUAUUAUUAUUUUUAUCUUCACAUUACACUUGAAAAUACAAGAUAUUAUAAUUUAUUGUAUUUGUAAUUGUGCCUAUUCCUGUCCAACAGUUGUGCUUUAAAGAAUGUAAUAAAUCAUAAUAUAUAAUAUGUUAUCAUAUUAUAUUAUUUUACAUUUAUGAUAUACAACUUUUUUAUAAAUUUAUAAAAUAGCAAUUUUUAUAAAAUGUUUUAUUCUAUUUUGUACAAAAUUAAUUUGACACUGUUGUUGACUGUCAUAGGAAAAUCUGAAAGUAUAUGGGAUCGAGUUGUUCACACCAAACAGGAAUUAUUUGUAAACUACCCAAAUUCAGAAGAUUCUAUAUUAAAUAAUGCAUCAAAAGGAAUAUCUUCAAAUGGUCGUGUAAUAUAUAAACACAGUCAUGCGAUCAUUACAGGUGAUAUUGCUUGCAAUAGUUAUUAUAAAAUGGAUGAAGAUAUCAAUCUCCUAAAAGAACUUGGAGUAAGUAUUUUAUUUAUAGACUCCAGUUAAAAAAAAUGUAACUACUAAGGGUCGUUCUUACUAUGUCCCAUAGUAAAUAUUAUUAAUUAUUUAUAUUUCACAUAAAAAACAACUGCUUGUUAAUGCAAACAAACACUUUACAUGGCAUUGUAAGAAUGGUCUUUAAUAAUUUUUAGAAAUUGAUUUUAUUUUGAAAUUUUUUUUAUAGAUUCAGAAUAAAUAAAGAUCAUUUUACAUUUUAUGUGAACCUUUAUUUUUUGUAGUGUGUAAAUUUUUCAUAUUUAUUAACUCUUGUGAUAUAUUUCUGUAUUGAGUAAUGUUUUUAAAUUUUAAUAUUACAAUGUAAUAUUUCUAAAAAAAAAAUUGUAUAAGUAUUUAAAUAUAGGUAAAACAGUUCUAAAUUAAAAAAAAAAAUGAAAACUUUGUUUAAAGAUUAUUCUGUAAUUAUUUCAAUUGAUAAACCAUUUGUGUAGAGAAUUUUAAAUUUAAAUUAUAUAUAUGAAGAGUUCUUGUACUAUAAAUUAGUUUAUAAAGUAUUAUAUUUUAUUAAAAAAGACAUUAGGUGAAUUAUGUAGGAAAAUUCGAGAUAUAACCAAUAAUUAUAAACAUAAUCCAUUUUUAUAUAAUUUAUAUUUUACAAACAAGAAAACUAAUAAAAUAUUUCAUAAUAUAUAUUCUUUUAUUAGGUUCAGUCGUAUCGUUUUUCAUUAAGUUGGACUCGUAUUUUACCAAACGGUGAGGAGAGUUAUGUUAAUCCUGCAGGUGUUCAAUACUAUAAUCGACUAAUUGAUAAGUUGUUGGAAAAUAAUAUUACACCUAUAGUAUGUAUUUAAAACAAUUUAUAUUGCACUGUAAAAAAAUUAAGAAACCAUUGUUUUUAUAAAGUAUGAUUAAUUUAAUUAUUUGUUCAUAUCAUAUUUAUUAUUUGAUUACAUAGGUACAGUGGAUAUCGCUUAAUGUGGCACCUUGGAAUUAGACCUGUUUGCCCACAUUAAGCGGCUGCCCAUAAAAACCGAAAUUAAAAGAAUAUAAACAUUCGUAAUAUCAACAAUUUUUUUUUAACACGCGAACUGUACAAUUGAAAAAAUGUUAAAUAACUACAUAAAUAAAACUAAAUGUAAUAUACUAAAUAAAAUUACUAUUUGGAUGUGGAAGGUGUACAAAACGUUAUAAUUGCUUGUUGUCUAAGUUGUUUAGUGUGGAUCUGGCUAACAAAAUGGGUGCACGCUUCAAGAUUAUCAGAUGAACUAUUUUACAUGAAAUCACAUGUAAGUCUAAAUAUUUAGUCAACAAAAUCCCAUUCAAAUGGUAAUGCUUAUUAUUAUAAUUUUCGAUAAACACAAUGUCAUAAAUAUACGACGAAACCCGAUUAGGUAUUUUACUAUAUUAGUCAUUUUUAAAUACAUAUGUUUAAAAUUGCUCAAAUAAACCGAAUUAAAUGCCCAUAUUAUGCGGUUUUUUUAACCUUGUUAAUGUAUAUUUGUAUUGGGAUCAGACCAUUUUGCCCAUAUUACGCGGAUGCCCAAAUUAACCGGUGCCUACAUUAAGCGGAAUCCACUGUAUUAGGUAGCUGCAUGUAGCAGGUCAGAAAUACUACUCGAAACUGGUACCAAAAUUUCGAAGUUACUAUUACAAAUGUGUAGAAAUUAUAUAAAAAAUUUUGGUAUAUAUCAGUUUCAAAUCUCUACAACAAAAAUUAAGAAUUGCGGACUCUGGAGACACUUGUCUCUGACGUCCGUCACAAAAAAUGUGUUUUUCAACGUUUAGGAAAGGGGGGGGGGAUUGUACAAAUUUCGGCGUUGCUGUAACAAAUGUGUACAAAUUAUAUAAUUAAUAAUUAUAUAUAUAUAUAUAUAUAUAUAUUGGUAUCAGUUUCGAGUAGUAUUUUUGACCUGCAGACGAUAGUGACAUGCAGCUGUAUCAGAUACAUUUUAUUUUAAAGGUAACAAUUAUAUUAAGAAGUUAUUUAACUAUUUUUAGUAAAAAUGUAAAGUUAAUUAUUGCAAAUACAAUUAACUUACAUUAGAAUAAUUGUGUCAAUUAAAUUUCAGGUAACAAUUUAUCAUUGGGAUUUGCCACAAUCAAUACAAGAUUUGGGCGGGUGGUGUAAUAAAUAUAUAAUAGAAUUUUUUACUCGUUAUGUUCGAUUUGUUUUCAGAACAUUUGGUGAUCGUGUAGGUGAAAAAAAAAUUUUAGUUUAUAAAAAAAGUAUUUGUUUGUUGUUAAUUAUAUUAUAACCAAUUUUUAAAGGUAAAAUAUUGGAUAACUAUUAACGAACCAUAUGUUGUAUCAGAAAGUUAUGGUAAUAGUAAUGUUGGAGCUCCUGCAUUAAGUGUGAAUGGUUUCGGAGAUUAUUUGGCCAUACAUCAUACAAUACUAGCUCACGCAUCUGCUUACCAUUUAUACAAUCAAGAAUUUAGAAAAUCACAAAAAGGUAAAUACUCUAAAUUGUUACAUUUCUUUAAAUAUUAUGUGUAUUUAAUAUAAAUAAUGUUAUCAAAUUGAUUAAUUUUUAUUAGUAUUUUAAAUGACAAAAAACACCAGUGUACAGCAGAGCCAUUAGAGUCAAAAUUUCUUCCAGCCAAUUUUUUGCCAUUACAAUAUUUAAUUUUUGUUUUAUAAUUCCUAUAAAAUAAUGAGUUACAUGAAAAUAGUUGUUGGUAGUUCAAUUCUUACUUUAUAAUUUUGAGAAGCUCUCAAGAUUUUUGCUAACAUUCGAACAGAUCUUGGGGUGGUAUUAGAAAUUAAAACCUUCUAAUGGCAUAUUCUUGGCCAUAAUUAUGCAAUUUAUAUACCUAUACAAAGGUUAACCUUACUACUUACUUUUAUAGGUCUGUAUUAGAGAUAUUAAAAACUCGGUAAAUUCUGUGAAAUCAUGUGGAAUUCGAACAUGAAACUAGUUGAGGAGCGAAAUGAAAAUUUAAAUCACAAAAGUGCACAUCCUUGAUAAACCUAUCCACCAUAAAUAUAUAAAAUGUCUUAGCAUUAGUAUUAUUUGGUGGUUCAGAACGAGCCACUAAAAGUGCCCAAAAGUAGCGGAAAAAAAUAUAAUUUUAUUAUACUUUUAUUAAGAUAAUAAGAACAUCAUUUUGUUUGUUGAUUUUUAAAUAUUUAUUACAAAAUAUUGUUGCAGGUGAAAUAGGUAUAAGCUUAAACAUGGAAUGGCAUUAUCCUAAAAAUUUAGUUUCUCUAGAAGAUCGCAGUGCUGCUCAUCGAGCUCGUAUGUGGCAGUUUGGAAUUUUUGCUCAUCCAUUAUUUUUUGGAGACUACCCGAAAGAAGUAAAACAAAGAGUUAAACUAAUUAAUCAGUUAAAAGGAAUUACAAUCAGUCGACUACUUCAUUUCAGUGAAAACGAAAAAAGUCUAAUUAAAGGUAAAUAUAAUAUAUACACAUUAUAUUAAUAAAUGACUUCUGUAAUGCACCAACUACAUUUAAAAUGCAACAUAGAGGUUUCUUGUGGUUUUUUGAUUGAAGCAAGUUGUUUAGUUAAAAUGCAGUACAUAAAAUAGUAUGUCUCCAAAAAGUUCUCGUGGUCUAAAUGAAUAUAACGGCGAGUCGGUAGAGUGGUGAGUUUGUCACGGCAACUAGGUAGCAACGAGUCGGUGUUGGCGAGAUGGUAACGGCGAAUUGUCUAAGAACCUUUGUUGUAUCCAUAAUUUUUAAUUCACAAUUUUUAUAAAUAAUAUAAAUGUGUAAGGUAGUGGUGGCUCGUGGGUAAAAUAAUUGGUGGCGUACAUUUAAAAAAUCGUAUACAAUAAGUACAGUCGAUUCAGAAAACAGGAACCAAAACAAAUAUUUUAUUGUAUAUAUAUAUGAAUAUAUUUGUAUUAUUUUUAUAUAGGAGGUUCUUAGAUAGAAAUUUACAAUAUAUUAGGGAAUUAAAGUUUGUUUUUGUUACAUUACAUUAAAUAAUAUUAUUUUGGAAUUGAAUGUAAACUGAAUCGGUCAGUAUUUUCUGUAGAGUAUUUUUGGAGAUAACGCCACCCGACGGACAAAUUUAAUAUUAUCCGAAAGAUAUAAUCAAUUCCCAAUUUCCCAAUGUAUUCUCCGUCAGUAACGGCAGACGGUUGUACGGCCAUGUCGGUGCAAUAUUCAUUUGUGCACCAACAGAUCACUAAGACAAAUGGUACUGAAUGGGACCGAAACGGUCAAAUGCGCAUGUGCAACUGGUUCAAAAAUUGAAUUUGCCCGUCCCUACUCCGUUAAUGCUGCCGCUACGAAUUGUGUUUGAUGGCAUACCUGUAACGUGCGAUAACAUUCGUUUUUCUCUUUUUUUUGGAUUAAAUAUUCCUUUAAUUCUAUAAAAUAGUUUUUAUUCUUGUCUCUAAAGUAAAUAUGAAUGCAUUUCUAGUUCAUAAUGUAAUAUAUAUAUAUAUAUAUAUAUAUAUAUAAUAAUAAUAAUAAUAAUAUAUUUUUAUAUUAUUGUAAUAUAACAAAACGAUAUAGUUUUCAAAAUUGUAGACAGUACACUGCUCUUGUGAACCAUAGCACUGAUGUAAGGUAAUUGGUAUAAAAGAGCUACACUCCCUAUAGGGUUUUUUUGGGUAUGGAUAUUUAUCAACACUAUUAAUUAAAUACAAAUGCAUUGUAUCUCCUGAAAUCGGAUGUAUUUUAUUAGACAUUAUUUAAAAAAUUGUUUUCAAAUAGAAAAAUAUAAAUACAUCAUAACAAAACCAAUACUCGCUUCCCUCUGAAUCUAAAAAGAACACAUUAAAUUGUCAUACAUUAAAAUUAUAAAAGAUAAAUUUGUAAUGUAAUAUUCGAUACAUAAUACACACAUGGACAUAGGACAUGACGCGUAGUGCCACAUUCAAGAUUUGUUAUAUUUAUUAAUUAGUUAUUAUAUUUUACAUUUAUAUAUAGGGUUUUUCAAUAAGAGCGGGUCGAUGUUGAAAUGAAAUAAAACAAGCUAUGUGCGAGGUAUUAGUGAAAUUUUUUUUCUAUUUUGAAGUUCUAAGUAUGCCAAUUAUGUUUUGAAUAUAAUAUCGUUUAAAUCCGUCCACGGCUUCUCACAGUGGCACGAAUCCGAGUGGUCCAAUUUUCAAUGACUCUGCCGCAUAGAUCCGGUUGAAUUUGAGCGAUGGCCUGGGUUAUGUUCACUUUAAGGUCAUCUGUCGAUUUCGGCUUAUCGGCAUAGACCUGCGACUUCAGGAAACCCCACAAGAAAAA